CCGGUACCAGGUACUGGUACGGUACAGCGUACCUGUACAAGAUUCCGGAACCAGGGGGAACAAUGUAAGAUAUUUCAAUCGUGGAUAGGUGAUGAUGCCAAGCUCCCUCUUCGAAAAAGGUCACCAAUGAAAUCAACGUCAUCUCGAGAUCAUUGACUUUGGUAUCUACAGGUCCAGUCCUGAAGACCAAUCUAUGCUUCUGCUCAUUGUUUUCUCAAUUGAAACAUCUGCAAUCCGAUCAUCAUCAACGGUACAUACAACAUGACGACGGAUGGAGGCAACUGGAAAGAGCUUGUGGGUGCAGCCAGCAAACCUGGAGGUGGCGACUUGACAGUUGUCCACUACCAUUUGGAUCGAGGUAUUGAUCCCAACUACCAACAUCCAGAGUUUAUGACAACUCCACUGUUGGAAGCCAUUCGGGCAGGCAAUCAUGAAGCAGCCAAGGUUUUGUUGGAGCACAAACCCAACCAAGCCGACCCGACUUUGGAGGGUUCUUGGGAGGGCCAGACGCCGAUGGAACUAUCGCUGGAACUGAAGGAUCACACUAUGGUUGACACUUUGUUGACGUAUCUCCCCAAGGACUAUGACAAUGAGUGCAAAACUGUGGUGGUAACUGGCACUUGUCACCGAGACAUUCUGGCUCACUUUUUGGAUCUCGGCCACAGUGUCAUUGUUCUGACGGAGCAAGAAGAGUUAUCGCAUGAGGAAGAAACCAUGGCAGAAACUCUCCGUUUGGAAACUGGCAACACCAAGUUAUGGUACCAUCCAAGUGCGAAUCUCUCUGAGUUGCUCGAUAGUUCCAACAAAACCACUGCUUGCUGGAACCCUUCCAAGGUGGAUGUGUGGCUGCACAAAAUCAACAAACCCGACAACUUGAUUGACGACUUUGUAUCACAGUACCCAAAGGUAAAGGGAGCUGCCAAAAUCCUCCUUCUCUUGGAAUCAGGUGCUUUUGCGAAACCAGCAACCCAACAACAAUUGUCAUGGCUGUUGUCCACUAUCAGCCCCAAAGACAGCACCAUCUUUGCCUUGGUUGAACCUGCGACUUGGUGGGAUACCAUGACCUAUUCCUUUUGGUACAAUACAUGGUGCGCAUCAAUUGCUCGACUGUUGGGCUUGGUGCAGGCCAGUCUUGUCGAUCCACAUGUAGUCAACGAUUACGGCGUCCAUGGAAAGGCAUACACUUACAAGAGGCAGAACAUUGUACUUCCCGAUGCAGAGAAAAUCAGCGAUUCUGAUUCCAUGGGUUGGGCGAAACAACUGGAGACCAUCCAGCCUUGAGCGCCGCGGUAGCCCGAGAAAAUCCGAUCGUCUCUUUGUUGCAAGAGUGAGCAAAGCAAAACGAGACGAUUUAUCGAGAAUAUAGGCGACCACCCAUCGUCUCACAUCAGAACUGAAUGGGAGAGCUCUGUGUAUUCUCCUUAUACUGUACUCCAACAAUUUAAUGACGCCGAAUCGGCCGAUCCUACUGGGAUCUCCAUAUUACUAUGAUACGGUUGUAAUGUAAAAACAAUUUUCAUC